UGUGUUCAACUUCAGGUGUGGAUGUGUGCGCGCCCGGCGAUGUCUGCGUCUGCCGCUGGGCUUCUUAUCGUCUUCCUACUUUGGGGGUCGGUGUGCCGGGCUGGCCGCCGCGUACGACUGGCCGACCAGUGCAAACGUCGGGUGAUGGUGACGUACUUGUUGGCGGUGGUGUUGAUGAUGCCCUUACUCUCGUACAAAACUCCGGUGGAGAGAUGCCGGCCUGCGAUCGUGUUGCACCUUGCUGUGGCCGUGUUCGGUGUUUUGCAAGCGAUCCCAUCACCGCCACUGCCUGCUCGGGAGCAACGCCCCCCCAAGUUGACUACUAAGCACGAAGGCGCACGGGCUCGUCGAGUCAUCCACAGGCGGCUUCACGGCAGGAACAGUCGAAGAGGUGCGAUGUCUGUGCCGUACACGGGAGUCGGGAGAAAACGCCGCAGACGAGGGUCUUGCUCUGGAGGACCAAGACAGGAGGGAGCUAGCACCGCGAGUCUCUUCAGGAUGCUGGUCUUAUGGUACUGCGUUGCUCUUUUGGGCGACCCGAGGGAUUUCCUCGGGUUCUCGGUCGCCCUCAUGAGUGUGAUGGACGUGUCCUGGAAUGCCGUCGUGAAGACCCUCUUUGUGGUCGUCAUUCGGGGCAUGCCUUCCGUCCUACAAGGGUUGCAUAGGAAACGGCACGAGCUCCUUGCAGGGUUUGGUGUCAGCGCUCUGGCAAUACCGGGCGCGACCGGCAGGGUCUGUUUGCUCUUUUCGUCGUGGGCACCCCAAGUCUGGGGCCUUUUAAGGUCGCAGGUGCGUGCACACCCGGCGAUAUCUCUGUCCACCGCUGGGCUUCUUAUCGUUUUUCUUUGUUGGGGGGCUAUGUGCCGUGCCGCCCAUCGCGUGAGGGUUAACGACCGGUGCAAAAAUCGAGUCAUUGCGACGUGCUUGUGGGCGGCGGUUUGGCUGGGGUCAUUGCUCCCUUCGGAAAGCCCGGCGGGGAUAUGCAAACCGGCCUUGGUGUUGUGCCUACCAGCUACCUUGUUCGGUGUGGUGCAAGCGAUACCAACACCGCGGCAGCAUCUUCGCUCUGCGCGGUCUCAUAGAGUCAUCACAGACUGGUUUCGCACCAGCAAGGUUGGUGGAGAGGCGACGUCUGAGGCGCGCACGAAGGGAGAAAGACGCUCCGGCAAUGUUCCUGAUGUGGGUGUCGGGAGCGAAGGGGGAGGGUGCGGGUCUUCGGGUAGAGAGCGAGGACAAGAAGGAGGCAGAACUGGCGGCGGUGGGGAUUACAGCUGGGGGUCAGGCGGCAGUGACGCUGCCGGGGGCAGCGUUUGUGAAGUCCCCGUACCCCCCGAUGGAAGGAGGGAGUGCCCACGGUGCGGGAGGCAGAACGCAGUUGGUGCUGCGGAGUGCUGUUACUGUACAGGCGGACGCAAGAGAUCUGGUUCCUUGAACUCACCUGCAGCGGGCGAUCCUUCGAAGAGGCGAGCAACGCAGGCGUUGGUGGCCCCAUCGGACAUGGCCGGGAUCGUGGGCACGCGUGCAGGGGUCAGUGUCCAACCUGAACUAACUAGUCCCGUUGUGGGGGCUGGAAGCUUUGAGGCUGGUGAAGGGGUCGGCAGUGUUUCUAUCGAAAUUUUCGGAACGGAGGGAGAUUUUCCUGGAAGCGUAAACGACCAUUGGCGAUGCGUCUGUCAUGUCUCCAACCCCUCUGACCGAAGAACAUGCCGUGAAUGUGGGCGAAUAGCUUUCUGGACAGCCGACCUGACCGGGAUCGGGGGCACGCAUGUGUGGGUUCCAACCCCGGAGGGUAUGAAAACGGAGCCCCUUGAAGGAGCCGGCGCCGGGAUCAAAGCUGGAGGAAGUCGGCGAGGCUUUGGGGACACUAUCGAUGAGGUUGAUGGAGGUGGUGGCUGCAGUGCUUCGGCCGAAUCGGGGGACGGAGGGGUCGGAACCGAGUGGAUCUGCAAUGCAGCAUGGUAUGUUGGAGACGAUGGCAUGGAAAUCGUUGCGCCUGCACCUUCUUCACCCGCGUCAGGUGGAGGCGGUGGCGCCGGAGCGGCGCCAACGUCUUCCGGCACAGCACCCCACGCCGGGAGAACAACGCGUUCAGGGGUCUCGUCACGUGCCGGUUCGGCUGUUCCGGGUUCCUCGAACAAAAAGAAACGUGCAGCGAAAUGCGGUAAGCCGGUGUGCGGAGUGCCAGAAGGUGGGAGCGGGGAGCCUGUUUGCUGGGCGUGUGAGGAACCUGCUAGAGUACUUUCAUCGAGGGUGCGUUGGAAGCAUUACCAAAGCGAAGAUGCGAUCAACGCCGCUAAAUCAGUUUGGUCGGCGCGAAUUGCUCUCGGUGCGGACCGUGGUCGUGUCAAGGAUGGAAAAGAGCCGGCCAACGAAUGCUUCUGUGAUAGGACUGAUUGCAUGUUCAUGAAAGUUGAACAAUGGCAGCGAGAAGAGGCGGUACAGGGCCAAGGCGCAAACCGUGACGUUGUCUGCGCGAUCUGCAACAAGGGCAGGCGCAGUACACCACAACACCACCAUCUUGGCGCAUUUCUCCACGCUAUGCGGGUGCUGUUUUCACGACGAGACCCGUUGCAUCCGCAGGCGUUGCCAUUGGGCAGUACGUUGGAUGAGAAUAGCAACCUCUGCCAAGCCUGCUACAUGCGAGGUUAUAGAUUCGCUCAAUCGACGAAGGAUGGGUCCGGUAUCCAGAGUGUGGACGACGAACUGACUCUUAGAUCUGGCUGCCAGCCACUGCAGAAUGAUUCCGUGGACGGAGCUCGGUCAUUGGCGAGGCGCAGGUUCUUGGAGAUAUUGGCUGACGGCGGAUUCGUGUACCUCGCGCAUGGUGUGGACAUCUACAAGGAAGCGCGCCGCGAGGCCGGUCUCGGACCCAUUGCGGACAAGUCUUUGGCCGAUGAGGUGCGAAGCCUCUUCCAAGAAUUGAGUACGGCUGUCAACGAUGCCGAAUUCUGCAGCUGGUCUGGCGCCGACGUGGGAUCGCGAGAUAGACGAACGACUCGUGUGUACCUCAUGCCCACCUUUGUGGCCCACGUGGAGAUCGCGAAGUUGCAUGAGAGUUUGUUGGCGGUUGAGAAAGAAUUGGCCGAGUGCAAGAAAAUCGCCAGGAUGUAUCAAGCCAAGGACCAUGCGCCGAAAAGAACAAGCUCUGUGCAGGACAAGAAGUUGGCGGUGGUGGAGGAGGCAGGUUCAAUAAUCCGAAAUGACAUCCAACUGCACCCCGCAUGGGAUAACUGCAGGCGUGGGCGGGACCAUGUCAAGGACUUCGACGAGGAAAUCCCGGACCCCAUCAAAUAUGUGAACGACACAUUCCCCCGUACACUCGCCGUUCUCCUGACAACGGUUUGCGGAUGUCAAGAUGUGUUGGCCGCGAGUGGUGCUGGCGUGGAGCAGGGCGAGUGCGAAUCUAUGGUGGCGGGAGGGAGGGGGGUGUCGGCGGUGGCAGGAGGGGGUGACGAGUUGGUGUCGGCGGGAGGCGGGGGGGAGCCAACGUCUGUGCAGCCAGGGGGGGGAGCGCGAAGGGAGUUGAACAAGGACGAGUCCCGCGAUGCUGUCUUCAUGUACAUGGUUGGGACGAUGGUCGGGAAAUCGGUCAUUGGGCAGAAGUUCAAGGCACCCCACGACCUCAAACUUUCUCAGGCCUUCAAGAUGCGGGGUAUGUCGCAGAAGAACAUGGCUUUCUUGUCGUCUAUUCGUGUUUGCUGGGGAGACGGAGUUCGGUACGAUCGGGAAAAGUGCUUCGGCCAAGUCGCUGACGAAACCCUGCUAAAAGCAAGCCCGGACGUCGGCGUAGCUGUGUCGUGGGACAACAACGAUGCCGACCCGCAUGCUGCAGUGGCAAGUGUUGAACACCUCAGCCAAAUUGGAGCAUGCGGACACCAAGUGAUUAAGCCGGGGUCGCCUACUCUGGGGUUGGAGUCGCUGUGGAAGAAGGUCGGAGAAGUAACCCUCUCGAUGUUAAAAAGGGGGGGGGCCGGGGCGGACGACGACGCGACGGUCGAUGGUUGGAACCGUACUCUCUUCAAAAUUCUUGGAGACAGCCCGGGCUAUCUCAACGCGGAGGGGGAGGGUGAGUCUUGUCUGGAGAUUCAGAUUCAAGACAACCAUACCGCGCCCAAGUGCAAGGUUGAUUCAAAGAAUUUAUUUCUUCAGGCGGGUUCCACCAAACGCUUGGUCGACAACGAGGCUGCCCUUGACCGAAUCCAGCGUUGCUGUCACGCGGGAGUGGUGUGGAACAAGGUGGGAGGGAAAUGGCAAAGCACGGCGAGGCGGCGUGUCCUUGUAGAGGGGGACGAGGAGACGUACAGAAUUAUGGUGCAACUCAAGAAGGGGAACCCGGAGAAGUACAAGUGGAUGCUACCUCACCCGGGCGGCUGGCAUAUCAUGCUGCACAUGACUAAAGCCCUAAUUUCAAGGUACUACGGUGCAGGCGUGGAGGUUGUCGCCAAAGCUCUCGGUGGCGAUGACAAGCACGCCGCAGCUGGCAGCAAGUACAGGCGGAGUCACCAUCUCCUAACGGUCACCUACGAAGCCAUGUGGUGGGCCGUCAUCGAGAAGUACAUCGUAGCGAAGAAAGAAGAAGCAGCUUCGCCAGCGAUGACCACCGCUGACUCGGCCACUCCUUCGAAUGGCGCUUCGGCAGGGGAGGGGGCGCCGGGGGCGGGGGGGCGCGCUCGUGGGGUGCCAGUAAAUGUCGAGGAAGACGUCGUGCCGUGGUUGAGGGAGGAAGCCAAGGAGCACAAGACGUUACGUCUGUGGGCGACAUUCUUGUUGGACGACUAUCCGAGGUACCUCAUGUUUCGAACGGGGGGUAGAACUGCGAACUACAAGGUAUGUGUGGCGGGAUUCCGAAAGAUUGCUCCUCUUUUCGCAGCCACGGGAAAGAACCGUUACCAACAGCUGGCUUCGUGGCACCUACUCAACCUUGCGCGGAUGACAGACAACGACUUGGAGGCGGUUUCUUGCCUGUUUUCGUCUCAGUACAACACCAAGAAUUACAGGAACUUCAACAACGUCUUCCUGGACGAGUUCAUGGAGAUGGAAAACAGGACGGUCAAACAGAAUCUGGGAAGGAUCACGCAGGCGUACAUGGUGAAGCUCCCCAGGAUAUGCGACUCUCGCCGUGCCGCCGUGGACGAGGUCGACACUCGCCUGUACCCAUCGUACUCAGAGNAAUAUGCGAUUCUCGCCGUGCCGCCGUGGACGAGGUCGACACUCGCCUGUACCCGUCGUGCGAUAAGGAAGGCGAAGGCAGUGCUGGAAAAAUCGUUUGCGUUUUCCGUGGAGGGCAAGGAACAGCUGCGGUCUUUGAGUGGGGCCGUUACGACAGACCGCAAGGGGGAAGCCAUGCUCAACGCCAACAAAAUUGCAGAGGUUAGGUUCGAUAAGGUGUUGCUUGGGGAAGCUCUCGGUGACAAGGAAAACGGAGCUAAGCCGAGCACGAGCAAGAUACCGUUUUUCCCGGCGGAGAACAACACGCACAAGGCCACCAAGGCGCCCACGUCAACCAUCGUCGNCGGGGCCGUUUCGACAGACCGCAAGGGGGAAGCCAUGCUCAACGCCAACAAAAUUGCAGAGGUUAGGUUCGAUAAGGUGUUGCUUGGGGAAGCUCUCGGUGACAAGGAAAACGGAGCUAAGCCGAGCACGAGCAAGAUACCGUUUUUCCCGGCGGAGAACAACACGCACAAGGCCACCAAGGCGCCCACGUCAACCAUCGUCGCGCGCAGGGACCUCAAGGACAUGGACGCGAUGGCGAAGGAGUUCUGGGGAGUCAUCCAGGCCGCCAUGAUGGAAGAAAAUGUGAAUACAGAGGAGUGGAACCGGAUAGUGAGCUCCAUCGGGGUUGUUCUGCCGAUGGCUCUGUCGCACGCGGACGAUGGCGGAACGUACGGCGUCAACAAAGCAGCUGGGGUUAAGUGGGCGUUCGACACGUAUUGCCCGGACGCCAUACGAGGCGAGCCAUUCUACUUCUUCGACGGGUUUGCGAAAGACUGGGCGACAGAAAUCCACAGAUCCCCGAGUGUUGUCACGUGCGACCAGGGAGCGAUCGCGUACUUGGACCACUAUCGAGAUCAGAUUUUAUCAGACGUGGCCACGUACGGCAGCACGGACGAGGAGGGCGGUGGACACCGUGUUGUGGCGUGUUGUUACGACGACCCCAAGGAGGUGCCGCCGAUCAAGGCUGCAACGCAGAGGAAGCGACUCGUAGGGAUUGAAACCACCAACGUCGAUUUUGAUGUCACCUCCAGCCGACCGAUUCCGACCGGCGCCAAGUAUUCUCCAUUUCUUCGUCGGGCGGGCACCCGCGACAAAAUUGCGUCUUACCUUUGGCAACGCAUUACCAGCCACCCGGGCGGGAGAGAGAAGGCUGACGGUGCAUCGUUCGUGGCCUUUGGGGUGUCUCCUGUACCGGUGCCGCCCGUCGAGGGGGGUGGGGGCGGUGGAGGUCUGGACGAUCACGAGGGGCAAGCAAAGAUGGUGCUUUUUGUGGUUAUGUACUUCCUUGGCGGCUGUGAUUUCUUGCCGGGUUUCUUCAAUCUGAAGAUGCCGGCGAUGUUCAAAUAUGUCCUGGAAGCAAUUUCCCAACCGGGUCUCUUCAACAAACCCAUCGUCGUCAAGGUCGACGGCAAAUGGACCAUCGACGUCGGAGAGUGCGUCAAGAUGUUAGGAGUGUGUUACUUUCAGAUGCACUUGCGAGUCUUCCAGGGUACUUACAAUGGUGGAGCGUCAGAGCUGUUCCAGGCUGUUGACGGGGAUAAGAAAAAGUUCAUCGAGAAGGUUCGGAUGAUCAUUUUCAAGUCCCAAAAAAACAACGGACGGAAGAACUGCCCUGACUGGUACGCCUUGCAGUUUCAAGUGGAGAGGGCGGAGAGAGUGCUCCUGUACUGGCAGACCGCGUUUGAUUCCAAAACGACACCAGUCGCGUUCGAAGGACAUGGUUGGGUAGCGGAGGGAAAAAACCCUGGGGGAGAGCUUACUUCCGCAAACUGUUGCAUCAAGCUUUCGGCGUACGCCCUGCUGAACCUGGACGGGAAGGUGAAGAUGCUAACGUGCAACGCGGGCGUGAUGCAGAGGAGUCCGGGGCGCGAGGAGGGAGCGCAGGGGGGGGCAGGGCAAAGCAGGCGUCAACUGCGGACUAACCGGGUUCGAAUCCUCACCAUGCUGCCCCAUUCUCGUCAGGUUAUGCAUACGAAGCCUUCCUUAGGAACCAACAAGAAGCAGCGGGAGCUCGGAACCCACACGAGGAAUCUGACGGCGGGGGGGAGCCGCCUGCAGGAGGGGGGGGAGGGGGAGAGAGACACGAGGGGGGGCUGAGUUCAGAUGUGGAAGCUGGCGCCGAGGUGGCCCCGCCGACAGGAGCAGCGGUGGGAAUGGAUGAGGAAGAAACACCCGGGGAAGAGGAAGAGGGGGCAGAUGAAACACCCGGGGAAGAGGAAGGGGGGGCAGACAAAACACCUCAGGAAGGGGAGGGAGAGGUUAGGCUUGCCGGCGAGGAGGAUGGAUCGGAGUCACGGCGUCCUUCGGGUUGUUUUGAUGAUAUUUGGGAGGAAGGGUCGCAGGACAGCGAAGGAAGCGAUGAUUCGCUCGACGGCAUGGACAAUAUGGGGUUCAACCUCGACGGGGACUUUGUGGUGUACGACGACGACGCGUAGUUCAUCUAACGGUGGAGUCCACGUCGUGACCCCUCCGGGAGGCUUUUCUUAACGGGGUGCAGCCGCGUUUGGCUGUUCUACUGGUACAAGUUGCUAAUUACCACGAAUUCUUUCGGCCUUGUACGCGUGCACCUUUACACAAUCCAUGUGCGCCGUGUGUUUGCUUGUACUUGUCUUAAGUGUGUCGCACAGACUGCUCAACACUCGGCGUGUGUGUGUGUGCUUCAUUGUUGUUGGGUUGAGGGACUAGGUCAUGGACAGGUGUAUGUCAUUUGUUUUAGGGGGGCGAAAGGUGGUCCAGUUUUUUUGGCAGCACUGGCGACGACGACGACUGCAACAUGGCACAAUACAAAGUGGUCCAAGCUUACACUAGUAAUUUGAAUUUUGGGAAAUGCACCAUCGAAAAACGUAGAUGAUAUUUUGCGUUGAAAACCAAGAGGAACUUCUACUUUGUCGACCGCCAGUCGCAAACGUAUCGCGCUCAGCUUUGGCCUGGCCAUCAUGUGCACGCAGGCACACAAGGAACACCUGCUGUGCCGUUGUCCUCCAGCACAAAACAACUUCAAACGUCGGGCGUCUCUCCGAGACAUCAUCACGGACCACCAAGCAAGACGUCAGCACGGACAGGGGUAUCGCUGGUAGUGGCCAUGGGAGGCAAACACGCAGACAUUUCCUUUCAGUUUCAAGCGCAUAUACUUCUGACACUCGCUUACAUUUGGGCUAUUGCUAUGCAACCUUCACACAAGCACACCUAGGUCCUACAAUUUUAGAGAGCACCGUCAGGUAACGAAAAGCAAAUCACAGGCUUGCGGCCUUCCUCGCCACCCCGCCCUGUCUCCCAUAUAAACCACGCCUCAGUAGAGCUACAUCCUCUUCCGCGGUACGUAGCGCGCGGGAGCAUCACAACCCUGUCAGGCGCAUUUUCCUUUAGCCACCGCCCUCUGGUUUUGGUGGGCUCCAGAAAAGUCAACCUCAGCUUGAAGGCUACUCCCAUACGCCCGACCCGCAUCGCCUGCUUCAAAAUGGCGAAGGCGUACUUGUAGGGUGGGCUCGUCACGACCCAGUCCGGACGCACCCUUUCCUCGACGUACGCCUUGACAAACGCGUCUGUGGCGGCGUCCAGGUGCGUAUCUGCGACCAAUCUGGGGGCAGGGAGGACGGUGUAGACUGCGUCUUGGGCGGCACCACAGCAAUCGAGUACCCUGCCUUCCAGCUCCACGUGUUCCAGAAGGGCUCGCACCUGAAAAUCGCGAAAGCAACGUGGUGGUAACUUCAUCUGUUAUUCUUACUACUGUAGAUGGUACGUGCUAUCUGGCAGAGGGAGUGUGCGGGCAGCGGAAAAAAAAAUGAGCGGCGCUCUACAGCAGUACAUAUACUUCUUCCGAUGUCUUCGGGGGAGCGGUUGAGGUUCUUCUCACAACACGGAGAGGACCUCACAGAGAACGACGCACAACGGUAUAUUCCUCGUACUUACCAUUGAGCUAACGUGAGAAACAGCAACUAAGGCUAACCGAACAACUGCUGUCACUCCAUAAGAGGCAGGGCGAGGGAGUCAUGUGAUCAGAGAUGGGUCGGGCACCGCCCGGUACCAUGCCAUUAACAAACGGCACAUGGCGACGGUCGAGAUCCCAGAAAAAAGGAGAGGCAGAAAGCACACACCAAACUAGAAAUUGGGUUCUUUCUACGUGUGGUGUCUUUGCG